AUGGCCGGCCGUGGCCAUACCCUGCGGGACCGUCAGAUAGCCGCGAUCGAGCGACUGCUCAACCUCAAUCAAGAAGAAUCUCCGGAUGCUGAGUCGGCGGAUGGCGUGCAGAAAAGUGGUCUUGUCAACGAGAACGGAGAUCCGAUAUGGAAGGUUUUGGUCUUCGACAACUUGGGGCGAGAUAUCAUAAGCAGCGUGCUGAGAGUCAACGAUCUAAGGAGCAAGGGAGUCACGAUACACUUAAACAUAAACACGACUCGAUACCCAAUUCCCGACGUACCUGUACUCUACCUUGUCGAACCCACCGCCGAAAAUAUCCGCCUUAUUUGCUCCGACCUCGCCCGCGGGCUGUACACACCGGCCUAUGUUAACUUCAUCUCCUCCAUACCUCGCCCCCUCCUCGAAGACUUCGCCGCGCAGAUUGCAGCAACCAAUACAGCCGACAGCAUUGCCCAGGUGUAUGACCAAUACCUAAACUUCAUUGUCGCCGAGCCAGAUCUCUUCAGCCUGGGAAUGGGCAAAGAGACCUAUUGGACGUUCAACAGUGCCAAAGCGGAGGCUGAAGUGCAGGAUGCUGCCAUUGACAGGAUCGUUAGCGGGCUGUUCAGUGUGAGUGUCACCAUGGGAUCGGUGCCCAUAAUACGGUGUCCGCAGACCGAGUUAGCGAAGAUGAUUGCCACAAAACUUGAUCGCAAACUGAGAGAUCACGUUCUCAAUUCGAAAGAGAAUCUGUUUUCUUCGAAAGGCUCCUCUGCCAAUAUAUACUCGGCUCCUUCACGGCCGGUGUUGAUCAUUCUGGACCGGAAUAUCGACUUGGUGCCGAUGCUUUCGCAUUCAUGGACAUACCAAUCGCUUGUCCAUGAUGUUUUGAAAAUGCAUUUGAACCGCAUCACUGUGGAUGUUGCGGACGAGGAAAACCCAAACGCCAAACCACGGGCAUACGACCUUAACGCGAGCGACUUCUUCUGGGCUCGCAACGCCAGUGCACCAUUCCCGCAAGUCGCGGAGGACAUUGAUAAAGAGCUUACAAAGUACAAGGCGGAUGCGGAAGAGGUGACGAGGAAGACUGGGGUUAAUAGCCUCGAGGAUCUCAAUGAUAGCUCCUCGUCCGCGGCACACCUGAAGGCCGCCAUCACACUCUUGCCCGAAUUACGGGAGCGAAAAGCGACGCUGGACAUGCACAUGAAUAUUGCUACGGCGCUUUUGAAAGGGAUCAAGGACCGUCAGCUGGACAAUUUCUUCCAGCUUGAGGAGAACAUUACCAAACAGACGGCCGAUCAAAUGCUCAGUCUGAUCAAGUCUGACGACAAGGGAAACAACCCACUGGAUAAGUUACGGAUCUUCAUCAUUUGGUAUUUGAGCGUGGAUAAGGAGCCGUCGAAAGCCGAGCUAGCCGAGUUUGAAUCAGCACUCCGGGCUACUGGCGUCGGCGACGCAGUUGUCGCCAUCAAGCACAUUUCGAAUGUCCGCCUGGAGACACGAGGCACGAUGAUGGCCUCGACCGUGUCGACUUCGCAACAGAGCACACAGGCCCCUCUCUUCGGCGGCUUGUCAUCUCUUUCCAAAAACUUCACCGACAAAAUCUCCUCGUCGACGUUCGGCAACGUGAAUCUCGAAGCCCUGGUGUCCGGGGUCAAGAACUUCCUUCCGGCCAAUCGAGACCUGACCGUCACCAAGAUUGUCGAAUCCAUCAUGGAUCCUCCGGCAGCCUCCUCCUCGGCCAUUGCAAAGACGGAGAACUAUCUCUACUUCGACCCCCGCAGUGCCCAUGCCCGUGGCACCACGGGAGGUCCAACGCCUAGUGCUUCGUCCAGAGGAGGCGCCCAAUCGGCUGCUGGUGGUGGCGUCAACCCGUCCUUCGGGCAACGUCGACAAGGAUAUACUGAGGGCAUCGUCUUCACGGUAGGCGGCGGCAGCAUGGACGAGUACGGCAAUCUUCAGGAAUGGGUCAAGAGGACCAGUGGCCAGGGAGCAGGCGGUGGCGGCGUUGGCGCCGCGCCGCGCAGCAGAAGAGUUGUUUACGGUAGCACCGAGUUGGUCAACGGGGAGGACUUUUUGCACGAAUUGGUCCGCCUCGGACAAGAUGGUUAG